GGAACGUCUGAGUAUUUUUCAUGUCCUACUAAAUAAAUUCGUUCAGUGAUUUUUCUCUAUUUUCACUUACGAAAUAGACAGAAUACAUUACAAGUUCUGCAAUUCAUUGUCGUAAUUUGCAUUAACUCGUGCAUCCGCUAAGUAUGGAAGAUCCACGAGAGACUGCAAUAGUUACAGCUGUAAAUUUCCUCAAAAAUCCAAAAGUAACCAAUAGCACUUUAAUUCAAAAGCGAAAUUUCCUCGCAAGUAAAGGACUCACAGAAGCAGAAAUUCAAAAAGCUUUUGAAAAAGUCGGAAUUUUUAUAAAAAUGUCUGAUAUUGAUAAUAAUGAAAAUAAUACGAGUGAUUCAAGAAUAUAUAUUGGUGAUGGCUCUAAUUAUAAUAAACAUCAGUUGACAACAUUCGAGAAAAUUAAAGAUAUAAUCAGCUCAGCUGCCCUUAUCAGUGGAAUCGCUUAUGCAAUUUAUAUGUUUUACAAAAAGUUCAUUGAGCCGAUUUUAUUUGGGCGGAAAAAGAAAGGAGAUCAAAUAGAUGAGCUCACAAGAACAACAAAAGCCAUAAAUGGUGAACUUAUCAGGGUUCGUGACGAAAUAAAUAAACAAAAGCAAACACAGGAAUCGAAUCAAAAGCUUUUACAAAAUACAAUGCAAUCAUUCAAACAAGAGAUUGAAACUAUCAAAGGAAUUCUUUUAAAUCGAAAGCAAUUUGCUACACCAACACAAUCUGUUGGUAUUCCAAGUUGGCAGCUUAACAAGAAGAAGAGUCAGGAUAAAAAUGACGAUGCCGGUUCAGCACAUUCCGCAAACUCAAGUGAAAAUGACACAGAAUUAAUUCAUGAAGAGGAGUCACAAAAACGAUCACCAGCUAAUUCCGACUCCAGUCUCGAAAUUAUGUAAAAAAAGUUAAGAUCUUUUUAGAUUUUUUUUUAUUUUAGGAACCUUAUAAAUUGAAAAAGAAUAAAAAAAAUUAUAGAUUAUUGGGAGCAUCAAACAAAUUAUUUGUGUGGACAUCAAUCUGUGCAAUCUAUUUUCUUGUGUCAGCAUUUUAAAAAAGUGUUUCUUAUGUUUGUUCAGUUCACUUAUUCUCAGUCUUUUAAAAAAUAAAUAAAAUAGAAAAUUUAUCAAAUUUGAGUCAAA